UCAAAUUAGUAUAUAUGAUAUUUCUUAAGAUCAAAUAAAUCGUAUAACUGUUGACCGUUUGCAAAUAACAGUGAUGCUCUUGUUAAAAUACUGGAUUGGACGGAAAGGGCAACUAAGGUUUAUGGAAUUCACUUUUGGGGCCUAAAAUUUAGCAAUUGAUUUCAAAUAAGUCCACUCUCCUCUCUCAUCGCGAUCUCCCUUCCUUCCUCUGGAGCCACAGGCAUAAAUGGGGGGACGUGGACAGUGACUUGCUUCAGCAUACUCCCUGCGACCUUUUUCUUGAAUACAUAUUCAGAGUUCAUUCGAUUACACAUUCUCCGGAAUGGGGCGUUUAAGGCUACACUCUAGUAUCAAGGCAAUUGAAGAGGAGCCGGAAGAUUGCGAGACCACGUCUUCCAAUGAAUCUGCUAUAGCUUGUAUGAUUAACUCUGAAUUGAGUGCUGUUUUAGCAGUUAUGAGAAGAAAUGUGAGAUGGGGUGGUCGCUAUGUGUCCGGGGAUGAUCAACUAGAGCACUCGCUAAUACAGUCUCUGAAGACAUUACGUAAACAGAUAUUUUCAUGGCAGCAUCAGUGGCAAUCUGUCAGUCCAGCUUUAUAUCUCCAGCCAUUUCUGGAUGUUAUUCGAUCUGAUGAAACUGGGGCUCCAAUCACUGGUGUUGCAUUGUUUUCUGUUUACAAGAUUUUGACUCUUGAUUUUCUUGAUCGUAAUACUGUCAAUGUUGAAAACGCCAUGCACUCUGUAGUGGAUGCUGUGACCAGUUGCAGAUUUGAGGUAACUGAUCCUGCAUCAGAAGAGGUUGUAUUGAUGAAGAUACUUCAAGUACUUUUGGCGUGCAUGAGAAGUAAAGCAUCAGUUAUGUUGAGUAAUCAGCAUGUUUGCACCAUAGUCAAUACGUGCUUUAGAGUAGUUCAUCAAGCUGGAAGCAAGAGUGAGCUCUUACAGCAGAGUGCACGUCACACCAUGCAUGAACUUGUGAGAUGUAUUUUUUCCCACCUUCUGGAAGUUGACAACAUGCAGCAUUCUACAGUUAGACGAGGCAGUUCCACCAAAAACAAGGUUGUGGGCCUUGACGACGAGUACAGUUUCAACAGCAAGUCACAGAAUGGUACUGGUACUUCUGAAUAUGAUGGCCAGCCACUUUCUGGAGCUCGCUCUUCUUCUGAUUCCACAGUUCUUAACAGUGUUAUAGAUGAAGGCAUGGUGAUGAGUGAUAAUGGGAAGGAUAAUGUUCCUGAUUUGCAUCUAAUGACUGAACCAUAUGGAGUUCCAUGCAUGGUUGAGAUAUUUCACUUCUUGUGUUCUUUGUUAAAUGUUGUCGAACAUAUAGGGAUGGGUCCCAGAGCAAAUACCACAGCAUUUGAUGAAGAUGUUCCACUGUUUGCCCUUUGUUUGAUCAACUCAGCCAUUGAACUAGGUGGCCCUGCUAUACGCAGUCACCCUAGAUUGUUGAGUUUGGUUCAGGAUGAAUUAUUCCAAAAUCUGAUGAUAUUUGGCUUGUCAAUGAGUCCAGUGAUUCUCUCAACUGUCUGCAGCAUUGUUCUAAAUCUGUAUCAGCAUUUGCGUACUGAGCUAAAGCUACAGCUUGAGGCCUUCUUGUCUUGUGUUGUCUUGAGACUUGCACAAAGUCGUUAUGGGGCUUCGUACCAGCAGCAGGAAGUAGCCAUGGAGGCUCUUGUUGAUUUUUGUAGGCAGAAAUCCUUCAUGGUAGAAAUGUAUGCAAAUUUAGAUUGUGAUAUCACCUGCACCAAUGUUUUUGAAGAACUUGCGAAUUUAUUGUCAAAGAGUGCAUUCCCAGUGAACUCUCCGUUGUCUGCCAUGAACAUUCUUGCUUUGGACGGUCUCAUUGCUGUAAUUCAGGGAAUGGCUGAGAGGAUAAGCAAUGGAGGUAGGUCACAGCAAAAUCCAAUAAAUCUUGAGGAGUAUGCUCCAUUCUGGAUGGUUAAGUGUGAGAGCUAUAGUGAUCCUGAUCGUUGGGUCCCGUUUGUACGUAGGCGGAAGCACAUAAAGAGAAGGUUAAUGAUUGGAGCUGAUCAUUUUAAUAGGGACCCAAAGAAAGGGCUAGAAUUUCUCCAAGGAACAUACCUGUUGCCAGAAAAACUUGAUCCCCAGAGUGUGGCCUGCUUUUUCAGGUUUACAGCUGGGUUAGAUAAGAAUCUUGUGGGGGACUUUCUUGGAAAUCACGAUGAAUUUUGCAUUCAGGUUCUUCAUGAGUUUGCUGGAACAUUUGAUUUCGAAGACAUGAAUCUGGAUAUUGCAUUGCGGCUGUUUUUGGAAACUUUUCGACUGCCUGGGGAAUCUCAAAAAAUUGCAAGGGUACUUGAGGCGUUUUCAGAGAGAUAUUAUGAGCAAUCUCCACAGAUUCUAGCUAAUAAAGAUGCUGCUUUGUUGUUGUCGUAUUCACUAAUAAUGCUCAAUACUGACCAACAUAAUGUUCAGGUAAAGAAGAAGAUGACAGAGGAAGAUUUCAUUCGAAAUAAUCGGAGCAUUAAUGGAGGUAAUGAUCUCCCUCGUGAGUAUCUAUCUGAAUUGUAUAAUUCUAUCUGCAACAAUGAGAUCCGCACAACACCAGAACAAAGUGCUGGUUUUGCUGAAAUGAAUCCAAGCCGUUGGAUUGACUUGAUGCACAAAUCCAAGAAAACUUCUCCAUAUAUUUUGUGUGAUUCGAGAGCCUAUCUUGAUCAUGAUAUGUUUGCCACUAUGUCUGGUCCAACUAUUGCUGCUAUCUCUGUGGUAUUUGAUCAUGCUGAACAUGAGGAUGUCUACAAAACCUGUAUUGAUGGUUUCUUGGCUGUUGCAAAGAUUUCAGCUUGCCAUCAUCUUGAAGAUGUUUUGGAUGAUCUAGUAGUAUCUCUAUGUAAGUUCACAACUCUCUUGAAUCCUUCAUUAGUGGAGGAACCUGUUUUAGCAUUUGGCGACGAUGCAAAAGCAAGGAUGGCAACUGUUACAGUUUUCACUAUUGCAAACGAAUACGGUGAUUUCAUCCGUACUGGUUGGAGAAAUAUCUUGGAUUGCAUCUUGAGAUUGCACAAGCUUGGCCUUCUUCCUGCUCGUGUUGCAAGUGAUGCAGCUGAUGACUCAGAAGCACCUUCUGAUACAGGAGGACAUGGGAAGUCCCUGCCAAAUUCGUUAUCUUCUGCUCAUGUGCAAUCCAUAGGUACUCCUAGAAGAUCUUCCGGACUUAUGGGGCGAUUUAGUCAGCUCCUAUCCUUAGAUACUGAAGAGCCAAGGUCGCAACCUACUGAGCAACAACUCGCUGCUCACCAACGCACACUGCAGACAAUUCAGAAGUGUCGCAUUGACAGCAUCUUUACAGAAAGUAAGUUUCUUCUUGCGGAUUCUUUGCUACAAUUGGCACGGGCUCUCAUAUGGGCUGCAGGGAGACCUCAGAAGGGUAGUAGUUCUCCUGAAGAUGAAGACACUGCAGUGUUCUGCUUGGAACUGCUGAUUGCAAUCACCUUGAACAACAGAGAUAGAAUAAGACUUCUUUGGCAGGGAGUUUAUGAGCAUAUUGCUAGUAUUGUCCACUCAACAGUAAUGCCCUGUGCUUUGAUUGAGAAAGCUAUUUUUGGACUCCUGCGCAUCUGCCUCAGGUUGCUUCCCUAUAAAGAGAAGUUAGCUGAUGAACUUUUGAGGUCACUACAGCUUGUUCUCAAGCUUGACGCCCGGGUUGCUGAUGCAUACUGUGAGCAGAUUACACAGGAAGUCAGUCGUCUAGUUAAAGCAAAUGCCACACACAUUCGUUCUCAAAUGGGAUGGCGAACGACUACUCUUUUACUUUCUAUAACAGCAAGACAUCCAGAAGCUUCUGAAGCAGGAUUCGAUGCCCUGGUUUUCAUUAUGUCUGAUGGAGCCCAUUUGUCCCCAGCUAAUUAUGUUCUUUGCAUCGAUGCAGCAAGACAUUUUGCAGAGUCUCGUGUUGGACCUGCUGAUAGACCUGCUCGGGCUGUGGAUCUUAUGGCAGGUUCAGUUGCUAGUUUAGCAUGUUGGUCCAAAGAUACUAGGGAAGCUCUGGCAGAGACUGAAGCUGUGAAGUUGUCCCAAGAUAUCGGAGAGAUGUGGUUGAGGCUUGUACAGGCGCUGAGGAAAGUUAGUUUGGAUCAGAGAGAAGUUAGGAAUCAUGCUCUUCUAUCCCUACAAAUGUGCUUGACAGGAGAUCAUGAAAUUUACCUUCCAAAUGGUCUCUGGUUGCAGUGUUUUGAUAUGGUCAUUUUUACAAUGUUGGAUGACUUGAUUGAGCUCGCAUCACAAAAAGACUACCGGAACAUGGAAGAGACACUCAUUCUUGCCUUAAAGCUCCUUGCAAAAAUUUUUCACCAGUUGCUUCAUGAGCUAUCUCAAUUGACCACGUUCUGUAAACUGUGGUUGGGUGUCCUCAACAGGAUGGAAAAAUGUAUGAAGGUGAAAGUUAGAGGUAAAAAAAGUGAAAAGCUUCAAGAACUAGUCCCUGAACUUCUGAAGAACACCUUGACUGUAAUGAAGUCUAAGGGGAUACUUGCUAAGAGGAGCGCCCUCGGGGGAGAUAGCUUAUGGGAGUUGACAUGGUUGCAUGUAAAUAACAUUGUUCCUUCUCUGCAGUCUGAGGUUUUCCCUGAGGAUGAUUCGGAAAAUGUACAGCCUGAUCCUGUGUCUGCUGAAACCAAUCCAAAUGAAUAGCUUGUCGAGGAAUUUAUUCAACCUUGCCUGUUUUGAGGCAUCUUGGAUAGAAGUUAUGUCGGUGGCAGUUUUUGCACUACGGAAGGGGGAGGAUUACUGUGGUUGUCCAGAAAGAGUACACAGAGAUGAAUGUCUGGUCAUUUUCCGCCAGAAAUUCCAACAAAGAAUUUCCUCAGAUAAUUGUGUUGGAUUGAGAUCAUUGUACAGAACAUUAAGUUUCUACCUAAGUUUUUACCCUUUUGAAUUGUCAGCGUGUUGCUGCACGAGUUCUACUAAUCUGCCUUAAAUCCAUAAUUUUGUAGUCUGUUAAUUUAACAAAUUCAGUUUUUCUGGGCAUCAGCCCGUUCUGCAUUUGAAUUUUGUCACAGGGAGUGUUGUUGAAUUUUCUGAACUCUAAGCUUGUUAAAGAAUCUUGGUAUUGAAUGGCUAGUGGCCCUUGUAUUUUGUAUCACUCUAUAUGAGGUGAAUCUUGGAUUUUGUUUGGUAAGAAGAUGAGAUCAUGCUUAAUAUUUUCAAUUU